GGUCAGAUGGGCUCUUCUCCCCUGGGCUCGCCAACCUCCCAUCGAGGAAUGCAUCCAUCAUUGCUCAGUCCAACGACCAUGGGACCUUCUGGGUCUCUUCACUCUCCCAUCAGCACGUUGAGCUCACCCAUGAACGGCCUGGCCUCGCCCUUCUCUGUCAUCAGCUCGCCCAUGGGCCCUCACUCCAUGACCUCACCCGGUAUGGGCUACGGCCCCAGUGUCAGCCCGCAGGUGAGUCCACUGAACUCGCCGAUGAACUCGGUCAGCAGCACAGAGGACAUUAAGCCCCCGCUGGGCCUCAACGGCGUGAUGAAAGUGCCCGCUCAGCCCUCUGGCACGGCGCUGUCGCUUACCAAACACAUCUGUGCCAUCUGUGGGGACCGCUCCUCAGGUAAACACUAUGGUGUAUACAGCUGUGAGGGCUGCAAGGGUUUCUUCAAAAGGACAGUGCGGAAAGACCUGACCUAUACUUGCCGCGACAACAAGGACUGCGUCAUUGACAAACGCCAGAGGAACCGGUGCCAGUACUGCCGAUACCAAAAGUGUUUAGCCAUGGGCAUGAAGAGAGAAGCCGUUCAGGAGGAGCGCCAGCGAGCCAAGGAAAAGAAUGAGAAUGAGGUGGAGUCAACCAGCUGCGCUAACGAGGACAUGCCCGUGGAGAAGAUUCUGGAAGCCGAGCAAGCAGUGGAACCCAAAACUGAAACCUACAUUGACACCAACCUUGGCGUUCCAUCUAAUUCACCCAACGACCCAGUGACAAAUAUCUGUCAGGCUGCAGACAAACAGCUAUUUACGUUGGUUGAGUGGGCCAAGAGGAUUCCCCACUUCUCCGAGUUGCCACUGGACGACCAAGUCAUCCUUCUUCGAGCAGGUUGGAAUGAACUCCUCAUUGCGUCAUUUUCGCAUCGUUCGAUAGCUGUGAAAGACGGAAUUCUGUUGGCAACGGGGCUGCACGUCCACCGCAACAGUGCCCAUAGUGCUGGAGUGGGAGCCAUUUUUGACAGAGUGCUUACAGAGCUGGUGUCUAAGAUGCGGGACAUGCAGAUGGAUAAGACAGAACUGGGGUGCCUUCGAGCAAUAGUCCUUUUCAACCCAGACUCCAAAGGUUUGUCAAACCCAGGUGAGGUAGAAGCUCUAAGAGAGAAAGUCUAUGCGUCUUUAGAGGCCUACUGCAAACACAAGUACCCUGAGCAGCCUGGCAGAUUCGCCAAGCUGCUGCUGAGGUUACCGGCACUGCGCUCCAUCGGUCUCAAGUGUCUGGAACAUUUGUUCUUCUUCAAACUCAUAGGCGACACGCCCAUCGACACCUUCCUAAUGGAAAUGCUAGAAGCUCCACAUCAAAUGACAUAA